AUGGCUCAAGGUUAUCUUGGGUUUGACAAUGAUACAGAGAUGGAGGUAAUAGGCCAAGAGUAUUUUGAUCAUUUAGCAUCUCGAUCAUUCUUCCAAGAGUUUGAAAAAGACGAUGAUGAGAAUAUUAUAAGCUGCCAGAUGCAUGAUAUAAUUCAUGACUUUGCUCAAUUUCUCACUAAGAAUGAAUAUUUUACUGUAGAAAUCAAUGAGGGCAGUGAAGAGCUAGUCAUAAACACUUCCAAUGAGAAAGCCCGACAUUCAAUGUUGACGCUUUAUGGAGGGGCUACAUUUCCCAUCUCCAUUUGUAGUAUCAAAAGUUUGCGGAGUCUUUUAAUUGAUCGUACAUUUCCUAUGUAUUCGCUGCCUGAUGAUGUUCUACCAAAUCUCUUUGGUAAAUUGACAAGUUUAAGAGCAUUAAAAAUAAGUGAAAAAUAUAGAAGAUUGAAUUUGAUUAUAGCGUUUCCAGCAAUUCCAAAAGAGGUAAAAAAAUUGAUACAUUUGAAAUAUCUGAAUUUGUCUGAUCAGGAUGUGGAAAAACUUCCGGAAACUUUAUGUGAGUUAUACAAUCUCCAAACUUUAGAUAUUUCUUGGUGUAGAAAGCUUAAAGAAUUGCCUGAAGGGAUGGGGAAGUUGAUAAACUUGCGGCAUCUGAUUAAUGAUGGAACAUACUCAUUAAGUUACAUGCCCAAGGGAAUUGAGAAAUUAACUUGUCUUCGAACAUUGAGCAAAUUCGUUAGCAGCAGUGAUGGUAGUAAAGCAUGUAGUACUCUUGCAUGCUUGAAAGAUUUGAAACAUUUAAGAGGAAGGCUUGAAAUUACAGGGCUAGGAAAUGUGACCAAUGUGAGUGAGGUUAAGAGAAUGCAAAUUCUCAGCAGUAAGAAAAGCCUCUUUGAUUUAACGCUAAUGUUCGAUAAAGAUGGAGAAGGAGAGAGGAAAAAAGAUGAUGAUGAGUUACUUCUUGACGCUUUGCAACCGCAUCCAAAUUUAGAGAAAUUAGGUGUAUAUCGUUACAGAGGCAGCACUUUUCAUUCUGAUUGGAUCAUGUCAUUAACCGGGCUGAAGGAAUUGAGUCUUACCUGUAGUGGAAAUUGUCUUUAUUUGUCUCCCUUGGGAAAAUUGCCAUCACUUGAAUCACUACGGAUAGCAUGUUCAAGGGUAAAAAAACUAGUUACGGGAAUCGAAAGCGAUGGUGCAUUUUCAUCAUCUACAUCAGCUAUUCUCUUUCCCAAGUUGAAAGUUCUUAAAUUCUCGAGUAUUUCCGAAUGGGAAGAGUGGGAUUACGGGAAUACAAUCUUGCCAUGCCUUGCUUCUUUGUCAAUCAAAUACUGUAGAAAAUUACGUGCACUGCCAGAUGGCCUUCUCCAGGGGGCGAAAAAUCUACAACAUUUGAAGAUUUAUAAAAGUGAUCUUUUGGGAGAACGUUACAGAAAGGGAACAGGAGAGGACUGGCAAAAGAUCUCCCACAUUCCCAACAUCAAAUUCAAUCGUUCAUAUCUGCAAGGAGGCCCACUCCCACUCCAUUGA